CGUCCUCCUAAUGCAUUUAUGCUCUAUUGCUCAGAUUUUCUCAAAAAAGGUAUUAUACCUUCCCAUAUUGAGCGGCAACAGCAGAAUCUCAGCCGUGUAGUAGGUGAAUGUUGGAACAUGCUACCAGUUGAGGAGAAAGCAAGCUGGGAUAAAAAAGCUACAGAAGCUCAAGCUGCCCAUCUUGCUCAACAUCCUAAUUAUAAAUUUUGA